AUGACCUCCUCCACUCUCACAACAAAGCAGGUGCUGGCCACAAGCCCCAGCAGUUAUCACUCGCGUUUUGAUCACUGUUUCCUCGUAUACCCGCUUCCCUCCAUUGCGGAUGAAUCCUUCCUCAAAACAAUUUUUCGUUGUGAGGUGCGCCGCUCCAUCUUUAGCGGCUUUGGUCGGCAUCGCUUCGCGAUUGUAGAGCUGGACGACACAGAGCGUGCCAUGAAGAUUAGCCUGUGGUUAUCGCAUCGGCUGAUGGAAGAAAAAGGUGCAGGCGGCGAUGGUGCAAACCAGCCUUCUGUGUUUCUUCCGAGUGGCGAUGACGACCGUACCUUGGCGCAGAUCGUCGAGGACGUAGUUCGAGAGCAGGCAGUAAAAUCAAACAAUACUGUAGACUUCGACUACCUCUCCAACCUCACGUGGACCGGUAGGGGUCGCAUCCACAUCGCUCCCAGCCCUUUCGCGAUACAAGAGCUUUUUGAUUGUGGUGGAGUCGUUCCACAGAAUAAAGCAAUCAGAGGACGCAACACUCGCCAGGUGGAAAAGCGAGAAGCUCGGGUAAAACGUGAACCCGAACGGGUUGCUGUGCUGCCGCCCGAUGACGUGCCCCCCUCACGCUUGGCUCGCACGGAAGGGGGCGAAUCCUCGGGAACGGCAACAUUUCCAAAGAACUGCUGCCAAAAAUGUGGAAGUCCGGUGCACUUCACGCGGCACUGCGAUGGCUCCGGGGCUCCCGCCGUGGCGGAAGCGGUGGAGCAAACGGAAGUUCGCGCAAGUGACGCUGUGGAAAAGAAGACCCUCAAGCGUGAGGAGGCGGGACAUCUUCCUCCUCCUCCUCCAAGAGCCAGCCGCGUCGACGAUGCAGGUGCGGCGGGGUUGUCCAAGAAAAACACGUUCGUACGCACGUCAAAGGAUCAAUGCAAGCACUGCGGAUCGGAAGAACAUUUGUCGAGGCACUGCCCCAAUAAGUAA